AUGGAGGCAUUGGUAGAGCGCUAUCCAUUGAUAGAUAGUGCAGCCUUUCUGUGCAAGACUGAUCCCACCUUCUUGGAGCCUCUGGACGAUGAUGAGCCCAUUGCUGAUGAGGAAAUGGUUUAUGAGGAGGAUGACGACGAUGUGGAUGAGGCAAAUUCCUUAAUGGUAUUGCCUACAACUGUUCUGGAUGGUUAUUCUCCUUAUGAAAGAUUGUUUGGAAAAUCUCCUAGAUUGGAUCACAUUAGAGUAUUUGGGUGUUUAUGUUUUGUUGCUACAUUUCCUAGGGGUAGGAAGUUUGAAGCCAGAGCAAACAGAACUGUUCUAUUUGGUUUUUCUUCCACACAAAAUGGUUAUAAGUUUUAUGAUCUUCAUGCAAAGAUUGUGUUCAUCAGUAGGGAUGUUGUUUUCAAAGAAGAAGGAUUUCGUUUCAAGAUUUUGCAACCUCAUGAUGAAGAGAAGUCUCAUGUUGAAGAUUCUUCCUCACAACCUGCAUAUCCAAGAACUGAAAUGUCCAGCAAUCCAGUUGUUGAGUCCCCUAUAGUUGAUAACUUAGAAGACUUACAAGAUGAACCCCUGGACAUGGUUCUAUUGAAUCAGUACAAACUACCCGCACUGGUUCAAGAAAGACUACCAGGGCAUGCAAGACUCAUGCUUGGAUUAAAGAUUAUUUUGUUCCCAAAAAGUCCAGUCCUCACUCCAUCACUAAGUAUGUUUGUUAUGGUAAUGUAUCCACAGGUUAGCAAUCUUACUUACAUGCUUUUUUCAGAAGAUGUGGAGCCCCAAUCUUUUAAUGAAGAAUCUCAAGACAAGUUGUGGAUUAAUGCCAUGAAGCAAGAAAUCCAAGCUUUCGAAGAUAACAAUACUUUGAAAUUGUUGACAUACCACCUGGUGAGAAAGAAAUUGGUUCCAAAUGGGUAUACAAGAUAA